AUAACAAAUAAAUAUUAAAAAAAUAUGAAUUUUUAAUUAGACGAAAGAUAACAAUUAUAAUCAUCUUAAGUCAUAAGUUAAGCUAAAAUGGGUAUUUAAGCAAACUUAAAUAAGAUUUAUCAAUAGCUCAGAGGAGGACAAGAUGAGCUCAAGCAUCUAAUUAGAUCAGUUACAUUUUUUCGCAAAGGAGAAGAUCAAAUGUUAUAAGCUAAGUACUAUUAAAAAAUAGAAGAAUGUAUCAAAUACCAUUUUGUACCAAAGGAUAGCUUUCUUUUCCAUCACGAGUAGUAGAGUGAUUAUUUCUACAUCAUUCUAAAAGGUAAAUGUUCUGUGCUUAUUCCAAAGAAGCAAAGUGAAAUAAAGUAGGAGAUCUCAUAUUUGAAAGAAAUGUCAAAUAUCUAAGCAGCCAUUAGGUAAUGCUAAGAUGAAAAAGAGUUCUACACAGCCGGAAUCUAUCAAUAAAAACAGAAUCAAGUAUAAAAAAAGCUUGAUGAACUGAGAUCAGAGCAAUUAAUUACAAUUGUCAAAGAGCAGAGCAGGUCGAUUUAAGAAAUUUACUUAUCACAAGUUAAUAAAAACAUUUGUAAAUACAAAGUAGCACUAACUCUGUAUCAAGGUGACUAUUUCGGCGAGUCAGCAUUCAGUGCAAUGCCUAAAAGAAAUGGUUCCAUUUUCGUUAAUGAAGACACCCAUUUUGCCUUACUGAAUAGAGAGGACUUUCUAAGAAUAUUUUAGAAUGAAAUUAUUAAUUAAAGUGUCUCCAAAUAGCAGCUAACAAAACUAUUUCCGCAUUUGCAUAGCAAGAAGAUUGAUAUUUUAAAUAGCUUUGUCGAGGAAAUAGAAAUGAUAAAAAAUCAAGUAGUAUUUAGCUAAAGCUAGAGAAGUGAUGGCUUCAUUUAUAUUGUUUAGAAAGGAGAAUUCGAAGUUAGAUUCAAUAAGACAUAGUCAUAAUCUGUAAUUAAAAAUAUAUCAGAUAAUUUAAUCGAAGAGUAGCUAUUCAAAUACAAUAAAUAACUUGAGAUUCCUCUUUUAUCUCUGAUAGAAGGAGAAAUAUUUGGUAUUGAAGAUUUAAACAGUGAAUACAAGUCUUUUUCUGUUAUAUGCUCUUCAGUUAAGGGGAAUUUGUUUCGCUUCCGUAUGGCUUUACUAUAAUAAUUAGAAGAUUUUGAAUCUAUCAAGAUAAUAAAGUAACUUGGAUAGUAAAGAUAUGAAAGAAUUCAAAAAAAAAUAGAAUAAUAAAUUAUUUAAAAAUUCAACAUAUUAUCUAUACAGAAAAUUGACAACUUUAGAGAUUCUUUCACUCAGACUAAAAGCUAAUUAAGCAUGCUCAAAAAAAUGGAAAGAUGCAACACAUCAAUUUCCCCAUAGCAAAAAUUAAUAACUAAAAAUCAAAUAAAUAAGUCAUUCGUCAACAUCUAAGAACUAAAACAAAGUGAUUUCUUAGAAUAAAACAGUAUAUCCUUAUCAACAAAUUAAAACUCUUUGGAGGACUAGGAUUUAGUGGAUGAAAUGUCACAUUUUAAGUAAUAGCCAUCCAGAUUUGAUAUCUCGAUGAAAAUUAGAGCUUAAAAGUUUAAAAGAUUAAGCAUCCGCAAAGAAACAGAUGCUUAACAAAAAGGACAAACAGAAUCAAAAUCACCUGAAAUGAAAAGUUUAAACACUAUUAAUAGUUAAAAUUAAUUUAACAAUAGUAACAAUACCCUCUUAUCAGAUUACUUAUUUAAUGUACCUAUCAACCUCAAAAAAGAUAGUUCAAUAGAUAAUGAAUCUCCUGAAUAGAAAAUCUUAAGAUCAGACGUGUUAAGGGGAAGUUAAAAGUCUAGGACUAUGAUAAAUGCUUCUUAGACUAUUUCCCCUCUCAGAAUAACCAGUGUAUAAUUCGUAAGAGAUGGAAGCUAAUGUUCAGAAAUGUAUGUUAGCAAAUCUUAAUUAAAAUCUCCAUCAUUAACUCCAAUUAAGAAUACUUAACAAGCUGCUUCAUAACAGUCAUACAAUGAUUAAUAAGAAUUUCUUUUAACUACUCCAAAAAGAGUUCAUCCGAAACAAAUUUUACAAUAGUUGAAAGUUAAACCUAUGCAUAAAAAUCAUUUUUCUAUUUUCUCUAAAGACUACUUUGAUGAAAUGUGUGAGAAAUCAGAUCUUAAACCUUCUCUUAAUCCAGUCAUGAUAAAAAAAAGAGCAAAACAAGAACUCUAGUAGAAAUCUAUUUACAGAGGAAUAAAGUAAACUAAUUUCUUAAGGUCAAGUUCAAAUAAUGCAAAAGAUCUGAUUAAUAAGACCUUACUUUCACCUGAUAAAAUCCAGAAACAAUAAUUAGAAAACAAUAGAGUGAGAUCUAUUUCUUCAUCGAUGACAAUUGGAAAUAAUGAGAUUAAAACAAACAGGCUAAACGAAUCAAUUACUUUAAGUAUGCCUAAAAGCCGCAAGUAAAUUACAAACUACAGACUUCAAAUGAUUGAUUAUAAUAGAAAGCAAAAAAUUUAAAACUAUGAUUUCCCUAACCUCUUGCAAAACUAGGCUCUAACUAAUUAUUUCAACUAGAGUCUUUAUCCAUCAUAUUUACCCUGUAAUUGCAACCAAUCUGCUUAUUAUCAAAACUUCAGUCCAAGUAAAAUACCUAAAAGCAGCAACACUCCAAUUAACACACUUUAUGAAAAUAGAAGUUUUACUAUUUUACAAGAGUGA